AUGGAGAUUCACACCGAGGAGAGGCCCUUCUGCUGCCCUGAGUAUGGGAAGGGCUUUAAGUGCAACUCCCACCUCAUCAUCCACCAACACAUCCACACCGGGGAGAAGCCCUAUGAGUGCCCCACCCGUGGGAAGAGGUUCCAGACCAGCACAAAUCUCUGCCUGCAUGAGCAGAGUCACACCCAGGAGAGGCCCUUCUGCUGCCCCGACUGCUGGAAGGGCUUCAAGAAAAAAUCCACCGUCAUUACCCACUGGCAUAUCCACACUAGGGAGAGGCCCUACGAGUUCUCCACAUCAUGGGAAGAGCUUCUCCAUGAGCUUGGACUUGACCAGACACCAGUGGAGUCAGCAGCCAUGCCUCCAGUUAAGGAAGAAGACUGGCAAAUAGUCUCGAAACUCCUCGUUGCGCCCAUAUGA